AUGGAAGUGAAGGGAGACGAGAUCAAGCAAGUCGUCGUCGAGACUGCUACGCCUGAACCAGUCACUCCUAUCGCAAUAGCCGAAGCUGCACCUGACGACCACAUUAGCCCUCACAGACGACGCUGGCUACAGAAAAAGGCUGCCGAGCCAAACGUUCCUGAUACUUCUUCUGCGACUGAAGAACAGCUACCCCUGGACGCUUCCUCGCGUCUUGCUACUGCCGCCACUUCCCUACAAGCAGACAUUCUCUCGACCACUACUCACCUGGCUGAUACGAACACAACCUUGUCAACUAGUACUCUGACCUUCCUCUUCUUAACAUCUGGCACAUUUCUCUCUUGUGCUUCUGCCAAUGCCUUCAAUAUGCUCUUCGAACCCAAGUACGAUGCACUUAUGACACGCACAAGGAAUCGUCCGCUAGUUCGUGGUCUCAUUUCAUCUCGCGGCGCACUCCUGUUCGCCGUCUUCACUGGUCUUACCGGCCUUGCCCUCCUGGGAUUCGGAACCAACCCGACUGUUGCGGGUCUGUCGGGGCUGAACAUCUUCCUAUACGGUUUCGUCUACACACCUCUGAAACGAGUAUCGUGGUUAAACACUUGGGUCGGCGCAAUAGUUGGUGGCAUCCCCCCACUGAUGGGUUGGGCUGCUGCAGCAGGUGAAACAGCCACAAGCGAGCAUCAUUCGUGGCGGGAUCUUUUGUUUUCGGAAUCCAGCAUCGGUGGCUGGUUGCUUGCAGGUCUGCUAUUUGCCUGGCAAUUUCCUCACUUCAACAGUCUAUCGCACACCAUCAGAAAUGAUUACAAGAACGCCGGCCACAAAAUGCUUGCCUGGAUGAACCCAGCGAGGAAUGCACGAGUUGCUUUGCGAUAUAGUAUACUCAUGUUCCCACUCUGCUUCGGGCUGUACUACUACAACAUUGUCAAUUCAGCGUAUCUUGUCAUUUCCACCGGCUGUAAUGCAUGGAUGCUAAAAGAGGCAGUCCGCUUCUACAGACAUCAAGGUGCACAAGGCUCCGCUCGGGGUCUUUUCUGGGCAAGCGUAUGGCAGUUGCCACUCGUGCUUGUUGGCGCUCUGAUAUGCAAGACUGGCAUUUGGGAUGGCUUCUUCACUGGCAAGGAAGUUAAUGCUUAUGAGGAUCCAGAAGAUGCAGAGUUUGUCCCCGUUGGUGGGGAGGGUUUGGGAAUGGAUGAUGCUUUGGGUCGCGGAAAGGCGCUGCAAGACUCACUUCAGACACAACACAACCUGGCCAUGAUGGGCUUCAAACGACCGAGUUGA